UACAUUUUCCCCGCAACUUUAUUUUGAGAAAAGCAGUGAAGUAGGUGAAGCCGUGAGUGAAUGAUGGAAGCCGAUAAGCCAACGACGAUGAUCUGCACAUUGCUAGCAAUAGACAACACCACCGGCUUCUCCUACAGAGUCUGCUCCGUCUGCGAGCGGACUCUCCCCGACAACCCUUCCUCCCUCUGCAAAUUCUGCAGCGUCAAUGCCUUCAACCCCCGCUUCCCACGCACCAAACGCCUCUUUCGCCUUCUCAUGUCAAUAGCUUCAGAUACAAAAGUGCUUAAUGUGAUAUGCUUUGAUAGGGCUGCCAAGGUUCUGUUUGGUUGCUCUGCUGAUGAGUUUUUUGACUUCGCCAAGUUUCACCCUUUUGCUGCUGUUAAUGCUAGUAGAAUUCUGGACGGAGAGAUGUUUAAAAUGACACUAUCCAAACCAAAGAACGGGAAUGCACAACAUCUGCGAGCGGUUCAAGUUGUUCCAUUGAGGUCUGGUUUUCGGCCAGCAAUUGUGAGCUUGAGGGAAUUGUAUGGAGUAUGUGAAGAACAGAAGAAAUGAAGAGGAAAUACCGCAAGCCUUCGCUGACUCUUCGCAGUCUGGAAUUAUCUGCGAUAUACUGUCGUAGUCAGGUUUUGUAAUCAACUUCAUUUCCAGUGCAUAAUCACUGUAUGCCUUGUACUGGAUUUCUGGAUUGGUCAACCCAUUACCUAUGGCAAAACCCUGUUCAACCGGAGGAGAUAAACCGAUCAGAUCAGAACUACCAUAGCAGAUAAAGCAAAUGCAGUCAGCCCGUUGUAACUAUUACAGAUACCUUGAGGUUUAUGUGAGUCCCUUCCUUUGCUUUGUUUCCUUUGUGAACCCGAGAAGCAAGCGCGGGAACGUAGUGCCCAGCAUAUGACUCUCCGGUAAUGUAGAAGUCAUUUUUAGCAAAUUGAGGAUGUUGAGUGAAAAAUUCCUG